UUCCUUCGAAACUCCCUCGUAGCACGCGAUUUGGUUGUACUGCCACAGACCCGUGAGUCAAGAGCUGGCGCAAUUUAGGUUGCUAGCGCAAACUCAAGCCGCGCAAUUGACCGAGCUUGCUCCACGCUUUACGGCGAUUACUAGCUCAUUUAUUGCACCGCGCCCUCCUCCUCGCCGAGACUCUGCCAUCCUUCCCUCUUCACCCUCCGAAACGCGCAUUCCGAAGAGGACAAGCUCACUCACUUCACUCCUUCUCUCUCUGUUCAUUUCCACGCUGCGUGGGAGGCUCAGAGCUGAGGUAGUUUGGAGCUCCUCCGCCAGAGCUCCGCCAUUGGUGUCUCCAGCAUUGAAACUCUCAACUCACCGACUGCACGGUGAGAGGACACGGUCAACAUGGCGACGAGCACCUCCGUCGCAGAUCUCAAGGCUCAAGGCGCCAUAGAAGCCGCCAAUGACCCUCACAGCAGUGUAACGCCUGACGCGGCCGAGCGGACGGCCAUGAAUGCCGCCAAAGCUGCUGGCGCACCCACCUUCUCCUUCGACCCCGAUGCCACUCCCGAAGAGAAGGCGGCGCAGAUGAAAGCGCAAGCCCCAAUUCAAAGACAUCACAGAAAGCACCAGGUUGCAACCUUGGCCUCUGACCAGGAUGAUGGUGAGACCGCUGGCUACGACCUCCCACCCGCGACCAAGGCCGGCGCAGUCCUCGAGCCGCCCUCUCCCACCGCCGCCAAUGGUCAUGUCGGCAAGGAUGCAAAUAGCCCAUACUCCAAGACCGGCUGGGCGCCUCGUUUCGGCCACCCGACGGAGAAAGAAGAAGAAGGACACACUCUGCUCGAUCACCAAGACAUGCUCGAGGGCAAACUCGACGACAAGUUCUUUGGCGACUGGUACCACAACGCAGCCGUCAUCGUCUUUGCCUGUCUGGCUUCGUGGGUGGUGGCUGUGCUCGGUGGAGGUUUGGGAUGGACUUUUCUCGUCAUGGCGGCAUGUGGAACGUACUACAGAACUUCCCUCCGACGCGUGCGGCGUAACUUUCGGGACGACAUCUCCCGCGAAUUGGCGUUGAACAAGCUCGAAACGGACACGGAGUCCUUGGAGUGGAUCAACAGCUUUCUCACGAAAUUCUGGCCCAUCUACGCCCCGGUACUGUGCGCAAGCAUCAUCAGCUCGGUGGAUCAGGUCCUCAGUACAUCUACUCCCGGCUUUCUGGACAGUAUGAAGAUGAAGAUGUUUACGUUGGGUACCAAGCCACCUCGCUUGGAGCACGUCAAGACUUACCCUAAGACGCAGGAUGAUGAAGUACUUAUGGACUGGAAGUUCAGCUUCACACCCAACGACGUCGAAGAUCUGACUGCGAGGCAGAUCAAGAAUAAAGUCAAUCCGAAAGUGGUGCUGGAAGUCCGCAUCGGCAAAGCCAUGAUCUCGAAGGGCCUGGACAUUAUCGUGGAGGACAUGGCUUGCUCCGGAACCAUGCGAGUCAAGGUCAAGCUGCAGCUGGAAUUCCCUCAUAUUGAACGGGUGGAGAUCUGCUUCUUGGGCCGGCCGACGUUUGACUAUGUCUGCAAGCCUAUCGGCGGCGACAUGCUCGGGUUCGACAUCAACUUCAUUCCGGGCCUGGAAGGCUUCAUUCAAGAACAGAUUCAUGCCACGCUCGCCCCGAUGAUGUACGACCCGAAUGUCUUCCCCAUCGAGAUUGCCAAGAUGCUGGCCGGCAAUCCUGUCGAUCAAGCCAUCGGUGUGCUCCAAGUCACGUUCCACGGCGCACAAGGCCUCAAGAAUCCUGACAAAUUCUCUGGCACGCCUGAUCCCUACGCCGUGGUCAGUAUCAACAAUCGUGGCGCCCUAGGAAAGACGAAGACGGUGCAGCAAAGUGCAAAUCCAAGAUGGAACGACACCGUCAAUGUCAUCUUGACCAGUAUGAAGGAGCCAUUGACGAUUGCAGUAUUCGACUACAAUGAAUAUCGCAAGGAUAAGGAGCUCGGCACGGCCGUAUUCAACCUCGACCAGCUCGGAGAGCGCAACGAUUUCGAGAACCAACAGCUGGAGGUGCUGGCUGGAGGCCGGUCGCGCGGCGCCGUAUUGUGCGACAUUCGCUUCUUCCCAGUCCUCGAAGGCCAGAAACUAGCGGAUGGAACCGAAGGGCCACCUCCAGAGAGCCUGACGGGUAUCGCCGAGUUCAAUAUUGAGCAAGCAAAGGACCUCGACGGAACCAAGUCAAUCGUUGGACAACUCAACCCGUACGCCGUACUCCUCCUCAACGGCAAAGAAGUUGCGACGUCGCAGAAAUUGAAACGCACAAACAAUCCCAUCUGGGCGGAUGCGAAGAAGGAACUACUCAUUACUGAUCGCAAGAAGGCGAAGCUGGGCUUGGUCAUCAAAGACGACCGCGAUCUCACCGCUGACCCGAUUCUUGGCUCGUACCAGAUCAAACUCGAUGAUCUGUUGGAGCUUACGCACAAAGGCCAGGAGUGGUACAAUCUUGCUGGGGCCAAGACGGGACGCGCGAAGAUGUCUUUGCAGUGGAAGCCGGUCGCUUUGCGCGGUGCCAUGAGCGGCGGUGGUUACGUCGAGCCGAUCGGCGUGAUUCGCUUCCAUUUCCAAUCCGCCAAAGACUUGAAGAAUCUCGAUACCGUCGGCAAAUCCGACCCGUACGCCCGUGUUCUUCUGUCCGGUAUACCUAAGGGGCGUACUGUGACGUGGAAGAACAACCUCAAUCCUCAAUUCGACGAGGUCUUCUACGUACCCGUCCACUCUCCCCGCGAGAAAUUGGUUGUGGAAGUCAUGGACGAGGAGAACGUUGGAAAGGAUCGAACGCUUGGCCAAAUUGAGAUUGGCGCUGCGGAGCUCAUCCAACAGGGCGAAGACGGCGAGUACCUGGUGCACGACACCAAGGACAGGGUCAUCUCGGCUCACCUGCGCAUCGGCCAUGGUGCGCCCAAGGGUACCUUGAACUUCACUGUGGCCUUUUACCCGACCAUUGCUGUGGUCAAUCCGGAGGAUGAAGAUGAGGAGGAGGAGAAGGAGGAAGCUGCUGCUGUCGGCGAAACAUCAAACGCUCCGCACCAUGCCCGGACAACCAGUGCGGCGAGCGCGACAUCUACGAAGACCGAGACAGACGCAGUGAAGGCUUUGGACAGGAACGAGAAGCAUCAAACCGAGACGGACGAACUGAAGGAGCCCACGGUGCCAAAGAUCAAGAUCGGGGCUGAGGACCUAGCAAGAUACGAAUCCGGACUUGUCGUGUUCAGGAUCAUCGAGGGCACGUUCUCCCACACUCACACUCAUCUGGAAGUGUUGAUGGAUGAUAUGCUGUACCCUGCGUACUCCACCGCGAAGAUCACCUCUUCGAGUUACACCUUCAACGAAAUUGGAGACGCCAUGGUGCGGGAAAUUGACUUGUCGCGGAUGACGCUGCGACUGGUCACGAAGCAGGAUCAGAAGGGAGGCGAGACUGACGAAGAGAUCAAGACGAAGAUCACUGGGCAAACCCUGGACUCGCUGAAGCGUUGCUUGUACACGCCGACGCAGAUCACGCUGAAGGAUGGCCAAGGCCGCGAAGACCGGGUGACGGUGUCUAUGCGCUACAUUCCGGUCCGAAUGCAGCUCGAUGCCAGCGAAAGCUUCAACAACGCGGGCAAUCUUCGUGUUGAGGUUCUGGAUGCGGCGGACUUGCCGGCUGCUGAUCGAAACGGCUACUCGGAUCCUUACUCCAUCUUCCGCUACCAUGACAAGGAAGUGCACAAGACCAAGACUAUCAAGAAGACCCUCUCGCCCGCCUGGAACGAAUUCUUCGAAGUACCAAUCCGGAGCAGGACAGCGGGCGGGUUGAAGGUGGAUGUGUACGAUUACGAUGUGGGUAGUAAAGCCGACUAUCUGGGCGGUUCAGCCAUCGACCUCAAGGAGCUGGAGCCCUUCCAACCGAAGGAGGUGCGACUGAAUUUGGACGGCAAGAGCGGCUCCAUCCGAUUGAAGAUGCUCUUCAAGCCGGACUACGUGGUGCGCUCGCGACAAGGCACCUCGACGUUCUCUGGCACAUUCCACGCCCCUGGCAAGAUCAUUGGUGCACCUGUGAAAACGGCGUCGUUCAUCGGUGGCGCGGCGGUGGGGGGCGUCGCGAAGGGCGGGAACUUCCUUACUAGGGGAUUCAAGCGAACAUCUUCGUCUCACCACCAAUCCUCGCCGUCGCAGGAUGGAGUGCCCGGUGGGGUUGAGAGUAUCAGAGACACGAGUAUGGAGACGGAUCCUACUGGGCCGAAUGGUCACGUCGCGCAAAACUCGGUCGCCAGCACAAGCGCAACGCAAUUGGGCUCGCCCGCUGGCUACGAGCAAGGCUCGCCAGCGGGUGGCAGUGCGGGCGAGUCGGGCCGGGCCAACAUUGCUGUACUGAGUGCAACGGGCUUCCCGCACGACAGCAAACUACAAAUUCGAGUGUUGCACGACUCUGGACGUGGGGCCAAGGAGAUUUUGAAGACCGAUGCCGUCAAAGCGAAGACUGGCGAGGCGGUAUUCGACAACGAGUCGAAGACUCUUUCCGCAAGCGUGGGACAUACGUUCAAAGUGCUCGUGAAGAACAGCCACAUGCUUGGUUCCGACGACCUGGGCGAAGGCGCGUUUACCCUCGGCGAGACGAACUCCGGCACGCAAGAGGUGCAAGUCGGCGAGGGGACGGUGGUCAUUCGUUCGAGCUUCACCCCUAGCGACGCCGCCAGUCUACGCCCCUCGAGCGCCAUUCCUACCGACUCGCCUUCCGCCAAGAACAAGAGUCUGGGCCGAUUCAUGAGCAAGCGCGAGCGCAGCGUGACGCCAUCCGCCGGCUAGAAUCCACACGGACGGGCGCAUGCUUCGCGUGCGAAGGAUGGCAUGCUGCGCGUGUACCAGGAAGGACGGGAUGCUUUUCGGAGCUCGGUGCCGUACUUGCGGGCGGAUAGUGUGGAUGCCGAGUCGAUUUUUGACGUCGAAGAGCUAGAGGAGGGGGAGCAAGGGGAGAUGGCUGGCAGGAGGGCGAGCUUGGAUGGAACGAAGGGAGCGGGUUGGAAGAGGAAGGGGUGAGGAGGGGCGGCGGAGUGUUUUUUGUGUUUGUUUCGAGAUACCACUUCUGUUUCUUUUCCCUGGGAAGCGAGUGUAUAUACCUUUGGUGUUGUAAUGAGGCUUGGAAGUGGUGAAGCCAUAGAAUGAGCUGUACUCAUGUGCGUACAUACAGUGCUGUCGAGUGAUA